AUGGUGGUUUGUAAGGGUUCUACCGUGAGGACCGUGACAGUUGGGAUGAUACUGCUUACUCUCAGCAUAACCUAUAUGUGGAACCAGUGGGCAUCUACAAGGACGCCUCCAGCGCGUAAAGUCAAAACGGAUGGUGGACAGGCUUUGAAAGAGAAGAAGAAUGAUCCAUCUCCAUCUCAAAAAGAUAAAGAUAAAACGAAUGGUGGUCAGGCUCAGGAUAGUCAGUGGAAUGCUCCACCACAUUCUGAUCAUGGUCUCCAAACGGGAUCCAGCUCUUCAGGUCCUGAUAAUUCUUUAACUUGCCCACCUCCUGGCAUUGCCUUUACUUAUGAAAAACUAAAAAAGGCAACAAAUUAUUUCUCUGGUGAUAAUUUUCUUGGAGAGGGUGGUUUUGGCCCUGUGCAUAAGGGAGUGCUUACAAUUGAUAAAAAGGGAGUGCUUCCAUUCCAUGAAGACCGAGUGCUUCCAUAUGAUAUAGAGAUUGCAGUCAAGCAAUUGAAAUCUGAUAGUCGGCAGGGGAACGCUGAGUUUGAGGCAGAGGUUAAGAUUAUUAGUCGUGUGCAUCACAAACAUUUGGUCUUAUUAAUAGGACAUUGCAUUUCUGAAGAGCAGAGACUGCUUGCCUAUGAGUUUGUUCCUAACAACACAUUGGAGUUCCAUUUGCACGGGAAAGAUCAACCAACUAUGGAUUGGUAUACAAGAUUAAAAAUUGAUUUAGGAUCUGCGAAAGGAUUGGCCUAUUUGCACGAGGAUUGCGAUCCUACGAUUAUUCACCGUGACAUUAAGGCGGCCAAUAUUCUUCUUGAUUCCAAAUUUGAAGCGAAGGUUGCAGAUUUUGGACUAGCGAAAUUUGCACAGGAUGACAAGACUCAUGUUUCAACCAACAAUGUCAAGGGAACUUUUGGGUAUUUGGCACCUGAAUAUGCUAAGGAUGGUAGGCUAACAAAGAAAGCAGAUGUCUACUCCUUCGGGGUCAUACUUCUGGAGUUGAUCACAGGAAGGCGGCCUAUUGGCAGGCACCCUUCGGAUGAUAGCUUACGAGUAGCCUUGGUUGAUUGGGCAAAGCCCUCGCUCAAACACCCUUUACGAGGUAAGUAUGAGCCUCUCAUCGAUCCAAGGUUGGGGAAAAACUAUGAUCCUAAUGAGAUGAAACGGAUGGUGGUUUGUGCUGCCGCUUGUGUAGGUCUUUCUGCAGAGGAUCGACCUCUAAUGAGUCGGGUGGCGAAGCACCCUCCAAGGGGAAAGAAACCACCAAUCAGUGUGCGCGUCUCCAUACGAGGCAACAUGUUCUGUUUUAGUGGUUUGGGUCGUCAUAGCGAGGCGAAGUGUUAGCAGUUUGAAUUUCAAGUCAGGUUGUUUACUUAUUAUUAAACAGGUCGCAUUGUAUUAUUGUAGUGGAUCCACUAAUGUACUCAAUUCUGUCUGGGAUUUGUAUAUCUUUCACUAUACA